UAUCGAGCAUUGUGGUAUACUAGUAGAUAAUCCGUAAAGCGAGUCUGAGAGUAUAAAAGGAACGAUUUGGAGUUGUCGAGAAUGAAAACGAAGACGAAGACGUACUCUGACGCAUCGGUCGUUACAAUGGGUUCUCCGUUAAUGUUGUUAGCAUUUUUUGGUGCUCUAUCUCUAAACCUCGUCAUGGCCGAAGAUAUAUAUUAUUUUUCUGAUGAUACUGGGACUACUCACGAAAUUUCUGUGGAGGAUUACGAAUUAACCUACGAGGAUAUUAUUUAUUUGAGAGCUAAUUUAUCAGGGGUUAAAUUCAUUCUUUAUACACGACAAAAUACCGAUGGUUAUAUUUUAAAAGUGAACGACAUACCUAAUCUUAAAGAUCCUACUUGUACGUGGAACGCAAGUAACCCUACAAGAAUUAUUACACACGGUUGGGGAGGAUCUUACAAUGUUGAUUCAUGCGUUGAACCUCGCAAUGCCUAUUUAAAAGUUGGUGACUUCAACAUAAUCGUAAUCGAUUGGUCAAAUAUUGCUAGUAAUAAACUUUACCAUAAAGUGAGAGCGUGUUUACCUAACGUUGCUUCGUACGUUGCUAAAUUUAUAAAUUAUAUGCAAACUGUUGCCGAUCUAAAUCCUAAGAACACAUUAAUGGUUGGUCAUUCUUUGGGUGCUCAUCUUGUUUCACUUGCAGCAAAUAAUGUUUUUGAUACCAUUGCAGAAGUUGUCGGUCUUGAUCCUGCUGGACCAGGUUACACAAAUUCUAAAUCUGAUGGUAGAAUCGAUAAAAGUCAUGCAGAGUACGUGCAAAUAAUUCAUACGUGUUCUGGAAGAUUAGGCUUAACAGCUAACUAUGGUACAGUUGAUUUUCAUAUGAAUGGUGGACGCAUACAACCUGGAUGCAGUAUUUUGGAUAUAAUAGGACAUUGCUCUCACGCAAGAUCAUACAAAUAUUUUUCCGAAUCCAUUGAAAAUCCGUAUGGUUUUCGAGUUACCCCUAUCAAAUGCACACGAUCUUCGUCAUGUGCUAACGUAUAUAUGGGUGGAGCUUUUCUCGAUCACAACGCUCAAGGAUCUUAUAAAUUGUCUACUGCCAGCGAACCUCCUUAUGCUUUAGGAUAAUGUGAUACUUUUUAUUUUAUCACAACUAUUGUAAAUAUUGUUUAUAUUUUAAUAAAGUAUUUUUUUUUUCUUUUCACAGACAUAUAUAUAUAUAUAUAUAUAUAUAUAUAUAUAUAUAUAGUUCUAAUUUUUCUGUGAUAUUUGAAGUUAUGAAAU